AUGAUGAACAUGUUGUUCUUGAUCAUAUUUUACUUCUUCUCCAUUCUAUUUCUCACUCUCUUUCUUCUCAUCUCAAUUCUCACACUCACAACAUUCAUAGGACAAUCCAUACGAAACCCUAAAUUUCCACCAGUGAAAGGAACAGUCUUCCACCAAUUAAUCAACUUCAAAACACUCUUCCAUUACUUAACACAAAUAGCACAAACCAAUCCAACUUUUAGGCUUCUUGCUCCAAACAAAUCCAAGAUUUACACAUGCGACACACGAAAUGUCGAACAUAUACUCAAAACAAACUUUCAUAAUUACUCCAAAGGAAAGUUUAACCAUGAUACUAUUUUCGAUCUUUUUGGUGAUGGGAUUUUCGCGGUCGAUGAUGAUAAAUGGAGGCAUCAGAGAAAGCUUGCUAGUGUUGAGUUUUCCACUAGAGUUCUUAGAGAUUUUAGCUGCAAUGUUUUCAGAAGGAAUGCUGCUAAGUUGGUUAGAGUUGUCUUAGGGUUUUCAAAUGCAGCAAUGCUCUUUGAUAUACAAGAUAUAGUAAUGAAAUGUACUUUGGACUCCAUAUUCAAAGUUGGUUUUGGAGUGGAAUUACAAUCUUUGGAGAGAUCAAGCAAAGAGGAAAAUAUCUUCAUGAAGGCCUUUAAUGAUUCAAAUGCAUUUGUAUUCCGACGCUAUUUGGACCCUUUAUGGAAGUUGAAAAGGUUUCUUAAUAUUGGAUCAGAAGCUUCCCUUAAGAAGAAUAUCAAAAUAAUUGAUGAUUUUGUGCAUAGCAUAAUUAAGACCAAAAGGAAACUUUUAUCAGUGCAAAAUGAUUUUAGUGAUAAAGAAGAUAUACUUUCAAGGUUUUUGGUGGAAAGUAGAAAGGAUCCUUCAAAUAUGACAGAUCAAUAUUUGAGAGAUAUAAUUCUAAACUUCAUGAUUGCUGGAAAAGACACAAGUGCCAACACUUUGUCAUGGUUCUUCUACAUGUUAUGCAAGAACCCUAUUAUACAAGAAAAAGUUGCACAAGAAGUUAUAAAUGUUACUUGUACUCAAGAAACUCAACUCAAUUUAGAUGAGUUUGUGAACAAUAUCACAGAUGAUAAUCUUGACAAAAUGCAUUAUCUUCAUGCUGCAUUAACAGAAACAUUGAGACUAUAUCCUGCUGUUCCAAUGACUGGUAGGACAGCAGAAGAAAAUGACAUGCUUCCUGAUGGGUACAUAGUGAAUAAGGGAGAAACAGUGUAUUACCUGUCCUAUGCUAUGGGAAGAAUGCCUUACAUUUGGGGGGAUGAUGCUGAAGAAUUCCUACCUGAAAGAUGGCUUAAGGAUGGAAUUUUUCAACCUCAAUCUUCAUUCAAAUUCAUUUCUUUCCAUGCUGGUCCUCGUAUAUGCUUAGGGAAGGAUUUUGCUUAUAGACAGAUGAAAAUAGUAGCAAUGGCACUUUUUAGAUUCUUUCGGUUUAAAUUGGCAAAUGAAACAAAUGAUGUGACUUAUAGAACCAUGUUCACACUUCACAUUGAUAGAGGCCUCCCUCUUUAUGCAGUUCCAAGGUGUGAUGUAUUUGAAUAA